AUGGUGAGGAGCGCCGUGGCCCUCGCCGCCGCGUUUGCCCUGGCAGUGGCAACCACAGUGGUGGACGCAACGGUGGACGCCACCUGCAAGUCGGCGGCCGCCGGCGACAGCCGCGUCAACCUGCAGCUGUGCCUGUCGCAGCUCGGUCACCACCGCGAGAGCCCCGACGCCGAUACCUGGGGCCUGGCCAAGGUGGCCUCCCUCGUCGGUGUCAACAGCGCCGACCUCGCAGCCGACGACAUCAAGACCCUGGAGGUCAGCCAUCCGUCGCCGGCGCUUGCCCAGUGCGCCAAGCUCUACGCCGGCGUCGGCCUCGCCUUCGCCAGCGCACAGGACGAGAUCAACAAGCGGGCGUACGCCGCCGGUAAGCAGAGGCUCGCCGAGGCCAUCUCUCUCACGAAGCAAUGCGACGCCGCCUUCGCCAACGCCAAGGCCGCCGUCCCGCAGCCGUUGGCCCAGCGCAACGCUGAUUCGGUGCAGAUUGCCAUCAUAGCCACCGCCAUCACCAACCUCAUCAAGCAGUGA